AUGUACAAAGCUGAUUGGUCUGAAUUACCCAAAGAGUUAUUAACAGAGAUAUCCCAACACUUAAACGACAAAGUUAAUGUUCGUCGAUUCCGAGCAGUUUGUACUACAUUCCGAUCUUCUGCAAACUUAAUUUCAUCAUUAGCUCUUAAACUUCCUUCUCCUAUAAAAUCCAUUAAUAAUGAAGAAACCCCAUCUCGUUUUUGUGUUCUGUUAGAAACAACAAUCUACGCUGUUCGACUUCCUCACGAAGCUGGUAAUAGUAAUGGUGGUGGUGGUGGUGAUUCUCAAGUAUGGGUAAUCAAAGUUGAAGGAAAAAUCGGGAAAGAUAAAGUUGUUCAAUUGGUAAACCCUUUAUCUAGAGUUCAAAUCAAACCAUUACCAAGAAACUUUCCAAAGGUAUUUCAGUUAUUAGAUUUCCAUGUUGUUGAAUUAUGUAAAGAGUAUGUUCUUAAACAUCAUCAUUCAGAGUUACAAGAAGCAUAUCUUGUUCAAAUUCCAAAUUCUCAAUACAGUGUUGAAGUUAAAGAACUUUAUGUAGGGGAAGUAGAUGUUAAAAAAGUUGUGAUUUUGUCAUCAAACCCAAAUUUACCAACAAAUGAUGAUGUUUAUGGAGUUAUGGUUCUUUGUAGAGAGGGAAAUUUAGUACUUAUUAAGCCCAAGGAGAAUCAGAAAUGGAACGUGUUAGACGAAGAUUAUCGAUUUAGAGAUGUUGUUUCGUAUAAUGGAAAUUUUUAUGCUGUUGAUGCUGCUGGUAGAGCUGUAGUUGUUGAUACAAAUUUGGAAUUGAAUGUAGUUGCAGAACCUCCGGUGACCGUUGGAGGUGGAACAGAGAAACGUUUAGUCAUUUCAGAUGGAGAUUUAUUUCUAGUUGAUGUGUAUAUGUAUUCGGGUUCUGAUGAUUCAGAUGGGGAUGAAAAUGGUGAUCAAACUGAAAGUGAUGAUGAAGAAAUACCGUUGGUAUUAGAUUAUGAAGCUAUACCAUGUGAGUUUGAAGUGUAUAAGUUAGAUGAAUGUAAUCUGAGAUGGGUUCGAGUCGAAGACUUGGGUGGCCGUGUUUUCGUAAUAGGGGAAAGGAGCUCGUUUUCGGUAUGGCCGAGGGAUUUGUCACGGCAUAAAGGGAAUUGCAUUUUUUUCAUGGAUGGCUUGUACACUUCAUAUGGGGCUGAAGAAGAUAGAGAGGUUUACAUUCAUAAUACAGGGUUGUUCAGCUUAGAAGAUAAAAAAAUUGGACCUGGAUCCUUUGCUAGCUAUAAUCAGUUAUUUUGGCCGCCACCAUCCUGGAUUAUGCCCAAUUAG